AUUCUGAAGUUGAAAUUUUCUUACAACUUUGUGGAAACUGGAAAGUGGAAUGGACAAAUCUUCGUUUCUAGAAGGGAUAUUUGUGACGAAAUCCCCUAUUCUUUUAGAGUUCACUUACCAUUAACCCCAAUAAAUUUUUUUGAAUGCAAUACUCCAGCUAGGUUACGUUUUUGUUGCAAUUGUGCCAUUUUCGUUGUUAAGUGCCAGCUAGAUUUAUUAAAUGCAGCAAGGACAGGAUAUUGAAUCAUGCGUUAAAUAACUAAUUAUUUAUUUAAUUAAUAAAAUAAAAAUCUGAAUUAUUGAAACAAAAUUCAAAUCAAAUCCAAAAAUUCUAAUACACAAAUCAAAGCAAAAUCAGAUCAAAAACACAAACUCGAACAAAAAAAAAUUACACAAAGAUCUACCGAAGUCUAGUACAAUUUGAACUCAAAUUUGUUUUCUCAUACCAACAAACCCAAUAACCUAGGCAAAAAUUAGCAUAAACCCAAUAACCUAACACAAACACAGCCACAAACUCAUUAAAUUCAACAAAUACAAAUCUCAGAUUUGGCCAAAAAAUGUAGAUCUGGUCGAGCUAUUAUUGAUGAUAAACUUCGAAACCUAUGGCUGAAAGGAAUAGAACAAGCCCAUGGCUGCAAGGAAUGUCGCCUUUGCCACCUCUACCACCUCCGAUAGGCAAUCUCCAGCCCAACCCAACCCAAUUCAGAUAUGUUGAGUUCUCAUCUCCAGCUUGAAACCCAGAAGCUGUGAGCCACUGUCCACGAGGUAGCCACUCGUUCAUGUCUCCAAGCCCAGAAACUUGCUUCCAUCGUCGGAGUUGAAGAACGAUGGGGAUGGUUGAGUCGUCGUCAGAGUUGGGGACGACAGGGUGAGGGUGAGAUAUUGUCGUCCUCGGCGAGAGUCUUGGUAGAGUUGGGGAUGACAGGGUGAGCUUGGUGGCUAGAGCUUGGCGGCUAGAGCGGAUCAGAUCUAAGGAGCUAGCCUUCUUCCGUCUUCGCCUCGUCCUUCCCUUUGAGUCACCGCACAUCCUUUGAUGAAGAAUGUCCUUUGACGACCAUCUGCGAAGAGCACUAGGUUUAUGAAAACUUGAAGACCAUCUAUGAGAUUUUGGCUCUUGGUCACUAAGUUUUGAAGAUUCCCUUAAUCAGGAAAGAGAUGAAAAAAAAAUCUGGUGUUGAACCUUUCAUCAAAUUAAGGGAAAAAAUAUUAUAUUUAUUGUUUGAUUUUGUUUAAGAUUUUUUCAACUAAUUUGUUAAAAUUAAGCAAACUAAGAAAUUUAAUUAAUAAGUAUUUAUUUAAUUUAUUUUAAAUGAUUUUUGGAGAAAAAAUUAGUUAUAAUACACCUCAUUAAAUUUUAGACGUGCUAGCAACACAUGGCUCAAUAGCACGUUGACAUGUGGUCCUAACUAAUACUUAACGGUUCAAAGUGGACGGCUCCAAGAAAAAACUAACAGUCGGGGGUAUUGUUGUCAAAUUUUGUUAUUGGGGAUGUUGGUGCGUGAAAUAAUCUUUAGUUAAAAUGUCUUUCACCAGACUUGGAAAUCUUGCCAUAGUAGUGUUUUUAUUUAUUUAUUUUGUGUGGAGUAAUGAUUCUUUGUUAAGUAAAGAAAAUAUCUUAAACAGGCAUUCAAAAAAAUGGUUUUUAGAAAAUGUCGGUUCGAUUGGUUUAUAAAUUUGUAAAGAAAAGAUUGAAAGUGGAGAAAGCAAAGCAAAAUCCUUGCUGCAAAAGUUGAAUUUUGAGAUAUAUGCUUGUAAAUAGAAGUGAUAGUUUCCUUUUGCAAGCAAAAAGUAUAAUAAACACUAAAAAAAAGGCUUAAACUGAUGACCAGAAUCAGAUUACGAAUCCUCCACCUUCUUGGUUCUUUUCUAAAAUAAAAUAUUUCUUGUUAGUGGUUAAUUAUACAAUUUCAUUUGUAUAAAAUUUUAAAUUCCAGCUUCGUAUAGUUUGUAAUAAUAAUAGACCUUUGCAAAAUAAAUAAAUAAAUAAAUAAAAAGAAAAAGAUUGUCUGCAGUGAGAAGUAGUGUGCCUUAAUCAGCUGGUUCUUUCUCGGAAAUGUGUUCUUGAAUAGAGUCCUACUUUCAGUCAACCUUUUAAUGCUAUGUCCUAAGUCCUGAUUAAUAAACAUUAGUUUAAGUGGUUAAACUCCAUCUUUCCAUAUUUUAUUGCCUUAGUUUUCUCGUGUCUUUAUUAUCUUUACUUAUUAAUGCUAGGAAGAAAAAACAUGAUUGAAAGGGGUGUGUGGUAUUGUAACUAGCAAAAUGAGGUUCGAGGUGCUUUCCAAUCUUCUAUUUAAUCAAUCUGACGUGACCCCACAUUUAAGACUGACUAAUCUUACAACUUCCUUAUAUAUGUAGAAAAAUAACAAUUGUUGAAAACAAAAGUGCACAAUUAUGAUUUAUCAGCACACAAUAUUUACUUCAUGUCACCCUGUCGAAUUUCGCGUGCUUGAUUUAUGUCCCCAAAAGAAUUAUGGAUUUCCAAAAGUUCAAUUAUGAUACCGUCCCAGGACGGAUAACGAAGUUAAACUUAGACUUUUGAUGUAGUAAAGGUUUGCAUACUUUAAAUUUUUCUAUUUAAUUGAAAACUCCUGUGGUACAGUACAGUACAGUACAGAUGGUGAACAGGAACAAACAUGCAUGCGUGUGAGUCAGUAAGUGGUAUGUGGACUACUAUAUAGUUUGUUCUGUCAGCAGCAGAUGCGGUACAAAUUGGUAUAUAUCAUGGGAAAAAUUCUCAUACCAACUUCUUUAUUUUCUUUCCAUUAAACUAAAACUUGUAGGGAGUGGCUGUUUUACAAGUAAAAUAUCACUUCUGAUUUGCUUCUUCAAGAGUCAAGUUUGGCAAUUCUUCGUUGGUAUAAUAAAAUAUUUAAAAUUCUCUCUAAGAGAUUACUGGAGAAGAAAGAUGAGCAAAGAUGGUGGAUGGGAACAUGGAUUUAAAAAAAAUUAUUAUGGGAGAGGAGAUGGCUGAUGGUAGGGACCACUAGUUUGAUCCUCUUUUAUCUAAAACCAAUGGAUAAAAUGAAAGUAAAAAUGAAAAAAAGAAUUAGCAAUGAAAUCAAUCAAUCAAAACCAACCCACUAUUGAGCCACCACACCAUAUAUGAUAUGUAAACCAAUAAUCUUUCUCUGCUUAUGGCCUCAUUUUCUUCCACAUGUUAUGAUAUUGAAAUGCUUGAUGACAGCAUGCCUACUUGGAAAUCUUCUCCCAAAAGCAAGAAAGCAAUUUGAAUAAAACUUAAAAAGAAGUGGGAAUUGAUUAGCAUGAGAGAUCCAUUGGUAGAAGAAGUCCACCCAAGGGAGAUCUAGGUAGAGACAAAGGAAUAAAAACACAAUCUAAUAAGUUUCUAAAAUGUCCCCAAAGCAACAAAAAGUGGGGUCCAAUCAUAACAUCUGUCCAAACCAAAAUGCUUUUUAGUUAUUACUAUAAUACAUAUUAGAUGAGGACUUGAUCCACCUGAAAACAUAUGCUUUUGGGUGAUAUAAUUUAUAAGCUAUUCCUGCCCUAAGAAGAUAUGCUCAGAUCUCAUUGAAGACCCUUAUUAGUAUAUAUUCUUACAUCACUACCCACUUCUUAUAUUCCUUUGUUUAGCAACUACUCUCCUUUUUCUUACUAUUAUAAGUGCAUUCACAAAACAUGGUCAACAUAGACACACACACACAUAUAUUUAUAUAUAUAUGUAUUGUGGGUUGAGGGAUAAUUACAAAGAAGCUUCAUUAAGUGCUAAAUAAUCACUUCUCUACAGAAAUCUUAGAAUUUUAUAAACAAUAUUGGUGUGUUCUACUGUAGUGGAUGGGACUAGGCACCAAAACAGCUGUAAAUAAUUAAUUAUAUUUAUAGUAAAUAUAUAUUUAUAGUAUGUAUUAUAUGAUAGGCUUUGAUAGAGGACAAUACAUGAAUCCACUAACUCAUUGGUUUUAAAAUAAUCUUAGAUAAACAUUUAAGUACAGUAGAGAUUAUUUGUUUCAAAGUUAGAACUCCCUUCCUUCGAGGUGAUUACAUCCCCCAUAUCUUUCUUUGACUUUUGUUAUUAUAUAGUCACUAUUAUAUAACUUUCAUAUUGUAUCUUUAAUAUAAACAUGGAAUAUUAUGCCAAAGUGGUGUCAUACUUGUAUUUUUAUAUGUUUUAAAGUGCUUAUAGACCUCAAAAUUCCUCGUUUAUUAUAACACACUGAAUCCUCUUUGAUUGGAAAAGUUUGAAGUGUAUCUACUGCAACAUGAAAAAACUAAUAUGUAUAUAUAUAUAUAUAUAUUUGUAUAUAUUUAAUUUCGUCUUUUUAUAUAAAGCAAUAUUAAUUGCAUGAGACGGCUUCUCUGAUCUGACUUUUCUUUUCUUUCUUUUUUUUUUAAUUGACCAUUGAGUACGCUUAUGCCGUUUUUUAUAUUAUAAAAACUAUUCUUGUUAGAUGAAUGCAUGUUGUAAACCACAUAUGUAGUCUACUAUAAAAGCAAGAGAAGCAAACAACUCAUAGGUACAUUUCUUCCUCUCUAUUAUCAUUUCGACUCCCUUUCCAAUAUAGCUAGCUCUAUAGCUACUACAGUUCCAGACAUGGCAAAGGGCCCCUCAACUCACUUUCAUCCUUCAUCAUGUGAUGGAAUAUCAGAACAUGAUGAUGAUCAUCGUGUUUACUCUGCUGGAUCUUCUAUUGAGAAGAAGCUCAAAUUGUUUGGGUUUGAGCUGAAUCCAUACAAGAAUGAUGGAGACAGUACCUCUCUAAAAGGGCCAUCAACAGAAGGAGAUGAAAGUGUAAAUUCCUCAAACUCAGUCUCAUAUGUAAGAGAUAAUAACAGAAAUAACAACAACAAGCUUUCAUCAAAAGAGAUCAAAAGCUCCACCACUAGCGCCACAAUCGAUCACCAGCCAGACGAUAAGAAGUUCGAGUGUCAAUACUGCUUUAAAGAAUUUGCUAAUUCUCAGGCAUUAGGAGGCCAUCAAAAUGCUCAUAAGAAGGAGAGAAUGAAGAAGAAAAGGUUGCAGCUUCAAGCCAGGAAGGCCAGCAUCAGUUACUAUCUUCAACCUUUCCAAAACAACCCUGCCUUUUCAUAUCAUCAUAAUACUGCUUCUACUACUACUCCAUUGUUCUUUGAUUCAAGCUCAUAUGCUUCAGAGUUCACACUCUAUGAUGAGUCUCAGCAAAUUAGCUUCAACCCUUUAGACUCACACAAUUCCCAUUUCCACCAACAAGGGUCUCAGUUGUCAAGAUGGUAUUCUUUACCACCUUGCAAUAAUGUCCAUUUUCAACAAGAUAUUACAUCAUCAUCGUCUUCGUCGUCAUCUUCAUCAUUUAAUAAGUUCACUUUAACACAUGUUGCUGCAGCAGAGAGAUCAGGAGAAUUGACUGGUUCUGUCAUCUUCAAGCCUUCUCCUUUGUCCACUUCUGGUCCAAUAAAACAAAGCUGUAAAUCUUUAGAUCUUCAGUUAGGUAUUGGAUUUGAAUCCAAUAUACAAAGUUCUACUUAAACUGGGCUUUAUAUGAAAUAUAUAUAUAUAUAUAUAUAUGAAUAUACAUGUGAUUCAGUAUAUAUAUAUAUAGGCAAACCAUAUGCCUCUUGUCUUGAUAAUGAUCAUUAUAUAUACUGUCAUUACUAUUAGUUUUUUUUUUGGGUCAAAGAUGAAAAGAGAGCACCGUCCGAUGAAAUCAAUCAGUCAUUGAAGAUCAUAUACGCUAAUUCGCUUGGUGUAGAGUAGUACUACAAUUUACAAAUAUAUAAAUAUAUGCAUGCAAAUACAUGCAAAAUUUUAUAUAUGUAGUAGAGAGAAGAGGAUGAUGAAAAAUAAAUUAUUUUUGGGAGAUUGGGUUGAUCAA